UAAAAAAAAGUCAGAAACUCAGAACUCUGAACGCUUCUCCGUCACCUCCAGCUCGUCGACACCUCCGGUCCACCAACUCUGCCGGCCAUGGCGGCUGCGGCGGCGCAGAAGCUCCUCUCAGCGAGCACGAAGAUCAUCGGCGUCGGGCGCAACUACAUGGCCCACGCCAAGGAACUCGGCAACCCAGUCCCCAAGGAGCCCGUUCUGUUCCUGAAGCCGACCUCGUCGUUCCUCCACGCCGGCGUGGCCAAUGCCGCCAUCGAGAUCCCUGAGCCGCUCGAGUCGCUGCACCACGAGGUCGAGCUCGCCGUCGUCAUCUCCCGGCGCGGGCGCGAUGUCCCCGAGGCGUCAGCUAUGGACUUCGUCGGAGGUUAUGCACUUGCUUUGGAUAUGACAGCAAGGGACCUUCAAUCCGCUGCUAAGUCUGCAGGUCUUCCAUGGACUUUGGCUAAAGGACAGGACACCUUCACUCCAAUUAGUGCAGUAACGUUGGCUAAAGCACAGGACACCUUCACUCCAAUUAGUGCAGUAGUACCCAAAUCGGCUGUCACUAAUCCUGAUGAUUUAGAGCUCUGGCUAAAGGUGGAUGAUGAACUAAGGCAGAAGGGGUCGACAAAUGACAUGAUAUUCAAGAUUCCUUUUUUAAUCAGUUAUAUCAGUUCCAUCAUGACAUUAAUGGAGGGUGAUGUGAUACUAACAGGCACUCCUGAGGGUGUAGGUCCUGUUAGAGUAGGUCAGAAGAUCAAAGCUGGUAUAACUGAUCUGAUUGAUGUGGAAUUUGAUGUUCAAAAGCGCAAUCGGUCGUUUUCUGCCUGAUGCAAUUAGCAAGAGAGUAAUGGUGAAUACAGUGAGCCGUCCUCCUCGACCACGGAUGGCUUUCCUGGAGCAACUGCAGAUCGUUCUUGAGCCUUCUUGUUUCUGUGACCUGAUUUAUUGAUGUUGGGCUUGGGGAAACUACCUAUCAUUCUAUGAAUAUGUGAACCUGUUCCCUCAUGUAACUUUCCUCCCUGUCGAUGAAGCUGUAAAGACUCCAUCUUCUUCUACAAUAAAGAGACCCCAAAGGUGACUUUUAUUCUGCA